AAUAAAGACAAUAUUUCGAAUAUUGGAGAAUUACACUUAAUAUUCAAAUAUGAUUUCACUGCUCAAAUUCAAAAAUGCAAUCCAAUCAACUAACUUCUAAAACCACCAGAUGUCGUUAGGCUCAGCUCCUCAGCUGGUUGCUGCUUGAUCCCUUGUUUGACAGUUAAUUUUAUUUUGAGGUUAUGUAAAUGUGUUUAAAAUAUUUUCGUUUUUUAAAAUCACCCACCCUAAUAAUUUAUUUCAUGCAGACAGAAUAGUAAGUGGAUCAGAAAAGCAUAAAAUGACUUGGGGCAAUAUAGUAAGAAAAUUAACUACGGCAGCAGUACCUCCAGAACAAGGUUUCCGAAGUGUGUUCAAAACUGUGGACAAGGAUCUUGUUCGGUGGUUCCCUGGUCAUAUGGACAGAGGUCUCAAGCAGAUGCAGCACAAGCUCAGGUCUGUUGACUGCGUCAUUGAGGUACAUGAUGCCCGGAUCCCUAUGUCAGGACGCAACACUGACUUCAAGUACACAAUCAGUGGUGGUAUGAAGCCACAUAUUCUAGUAUUAAACAAGGCUGACCUUAUUGAGAAAGAUAUGCAUGACCCUAUCAGGAAGAGAUUGCAAGAUGAAUUCCAACAUAUAAUCUUCACCAACUGUAAGGUGCAAAAAUGUAGUGGAGUAUCUGCUAUCUUUCCCCUUGCACAGGAGCUGAUUAGCAAAUCAGAGAGGUUUAAUAGACAAGAGGCAGAGGACUUCAAUAUGAUGAUCAUUGGAGUGCCUAAUGUAGGAAAAUCUUCAUUGAUCAACAGACUCAGAGUAAGGUACUUAAACAAAGGCAAUGCAAGUCCAGUUGGUGCUGCCCCAGGUAUAACACGAUCAGUAAUGAACAAAAUCAAGAUGUGUGAAAAACCAUUAUUCUACUUGGUUGACACUCCAGGCAUCCUUACACCCAAAAUAGCUGAUGCGGAAACAGGAUUGAAACUAGCACUUUGUGCCACAUUAAAGGACCAUCUGGUAGGAGAAGAGCUGUUAGCCGACUACCUUCUUUACUGGAUGAAUAAAAAUGGCAAACACUCCCAAUACAUCCGCUAUUUCAACAUGCCUAAACCAGAGGACAAUAUCCUGAAUGUGCUGACACAUAUUAGCAAACUGCACAACAAAACUUUGAGAAUCAGAGACUAUACAAAUAGCUACAUCAUCCGACCUAACUUCAAAGAGGCUGCGACGAUUAUGCUGAAGGCAUUUAGAGACGGGGAAUUAGGAAAGUUGAUGCUUGAUGAAGAUAUACUGUGAUAUGAAUAUGUUUUAGUCGUUUUUGUUAAGAUAAAUAAAUAAAAUAGAAAAAAUCUAUAUUUCUAAUUAUAAUCACAGUACAGCUCUUGCAACAGUUACAAGAAAUAUACAUGAG